AUGCCAACCGGCACCAUCGUCUACUUCCCCGUUAGAGGGCGCUGCGAGGCCAUGCGCAUGCUGCUGGCUGACCAGGGCCAGAGCUGGAAGGAGGAAGUGGUGACCAAGGAGACUUGGAUGCAGGAACAGCUCAAGGCCUCUUGUCUGUACGGGCAGCUCGCCAAAUUCCAGGACGGGGACCUCAGCCUGUACCAGUCCAAUGCCAUCCUGCGGCACCUGGGCCACUCCCUGGGCCUCUACGGGAAGGACCCUCGGGAGGUGGCGCUGGUGGACGUGGUGAAUGACGGCGCGGAGGACCUGCGCUGUAAAUAUGGCUCCCUCAUCUAUACCAACUACGAGGCUGGCAAGGAAGAUUAUCUGAAGGCACUGCCUGGGCACCUGAAGCCCUUUGAGACCCUGCUGUCCCAGAACAAAGUGGGCCAAGCCUUUAUCGUGGGCGACCAGAUCUCCUUUGCCGACUACAACCUGCUGGGCCUGCUGCUGAUCCACCAAGUGCUGGCUCCCAGCUGCCUGGACGCCUUCCCCCUGCUCUCGGCCUACGUGGCACGGCUCAGCGCCCGGCCCAAGCUCAAGGCCUUCCUGGCCCCUCCCGAGCACAUCAACCUCCCCAUCAACGGCAAUGGGAAACAGUGAGGGCCAUGGGAGCUUGGGUGGGCGUGGGGGUUGCCUGCCUGCCUUUACUGGCCCACCACCAGCCAGUGCUGUCAAGAC